CCACCACAAAUACAAUCAUCACAAGUACAACAACCACAAUUAAUGUUAUCACCACAUCCAUUGCUACAAGUACCGCUAUUAGUUUUGCUAUCAUUAUUGCCACCACAACACAGUUGGGCUUUUGGAUUGCAAAUGUUUUAA